GGACAUGCAUUUAAAGGGACAUUGCCUAUAUAAAUUUGGACUAAAUUGGAAAAAAUGCGUUUUUAGAAAACUUAAGAGUAAUAGAAAUGCUACCACAAUUUAAAAUAGUGAACAAUUGUCUGUGAACGUACAUGCUUUUACGGAGUUCAAAAUCAACACAUCGUAACAUUGAAAACCUGUAAGUGAAACUGACUUCAAUUAUUUUAAUUGUCUAAGCCAGGGGUUGGCAACCUUUAAGAAGUGGUGUGCCGAGUCUUCAUUUAUUCACUCUAAUUUAAGUUUUUGCGUGCCAGUGAUACUUUUUAACGUUUUUAGAAGGUCUCUUUCUAUAAGUCUAUAAUAUAUAACUAAACUAUUGUUGUCUGUAAAGUAAAUAAGAUUUUUAAAAUGUUUAAGAAGUUUCACUUUAAAUUAAAUUUAAAUGCAGAGCCCCCCCGGACCAGUGGCCAGGACCUGGGCACUGAGAGUGCUGCCUUCGGCAUGCGUGCCAUAGGUUGCCUACCCCUGGUCUAAGCUGAGAGCAAUGCAAAAAGUAUGCAAAGGUAAUAGUUACAAACCAGACUUUUGUACAGUUAUUUCACUGACUCUCUCAGGUGGCUGUGAAAGUGUCUCUUUAAAGCCUAAAAUCGUAUGAACAGUAGGAAAAGCUAUUCCUUUUACAAGCAGACUCGAAGUGCUAGUCUGGUCUUUUAAUAUACUGGUCUUAAUUCUUUGACCAAUUUAGGUGGUAUUUCAUAUAUGUUGAUUCAUAUCCAGGUGCAAUUUUGAAGACUUCAGAACAGUGAAACCUGACAUUAAACUUUCCAGUUAGUGAAAGCUACUGCAAUUACGUUAAGAAAUAAUUUAUCAGGUAACUAGUAUCUUGUACACAAUGAGAAAAUAUUAAUAAUUAAUAGACUGACCUUAUCAAAAAGAAACCGCUUCCCUAGCUGUGUUUUUGAUUUCUCAAAACAGGGUUCUCUAGAGAAGGAGUUGUAUUUACUUUAAAUGUUUUUCGGCUUUGAAAUAUCCUGGGAAGAGUGAAAGUAAUAAUAGCAUGCCAAGUGUUGACAGUGUGAAAGUGGCAGUACGGGUGAGACCUUUCAGUCAGAGGGAGAAGGAUGCAGGCAGCAGGUGUGUGAUUUCUAUGAAUUCCAGCAGCACAAGCAUAUAUGAUCCUAAGAAUCCAGGGCACAUGAAAACCUUUACCUUUGACCUGGCUUACUGGUCCCACACUGGAUCCAACAGCAGAUAUGCAGGCCAGAGAGAGGUCUUUCGUGACCUUGGUCAAGGAGUUCUAGACAAUGCCUGGCAAGGUUAUAAUGCUACUCUCCUAGCGUAUGGCCAGACUGGCUCAGGGAAGAGCUAUUCUAUGAUUGGAUAUGGUGCAAACAGAGGCAUAAUUCCAGUUGUGUGUGAAGAGCUCUUCAAACCAAUUCAGAACCAGAAGAACAAGCAAUAUCAGGUUACUUUCAGUAUGCUGGAAAUUUAUAACGAGCAGGUAAUAGAUUUACUGUCUGAAACCAAGAAACCUGGUGGACUCAAGGUUAGAGAAGACCAGCAACAAGGCUUUUAUGUGGAUGGUUUGAAACUGGUGCCUUGUGACAGCUACGCACAAAUUGAGAGGUUAAUGGAACAAGGAACUAAAAUAAGAACCACAGCUUCAACCAGCAUGAAUGCUACAAGCAGUCGAUCUCACAUGGUCAUUACCAUCCAAUUCAAACAGAUUUUUCUAGAUGAAGAUAUCACCAAGCAGUCAGUUAUAAAUCUGGUGGACUUGGCAGGAAGUGAAAGACAAAAGUCUUCAGGCUCUGAAGGGGACAGGCUGAGAGAAGGGACAUGUGUAAAUCUGAGUUUAACCACCUUAGGAAAUGUCAUCAGUGCUCUGGCUGAGGUGGCUAUGGGGAAGAAAGUGUUACAUAUCCCAUACAGAGACUCAGUUCUAACAAAACUCCUGCAGUCGGCUCUCGGGGGGAACAGCAGGACUAUCAUGAUUGCAGCUGUAAGUCCAGCAGACAUCUGCUAUGAAGAGACUUUGUCAACAUUACGAUAUGCUGAGAGAACAAAAAAGAUCAAGAACAAAGCGGUGAUAAAUGCAAGUCCAAUGGAGAAGCAUAUAAUGGAGCUGAAAGCAGAAAAUAACAAACUGUUGUCCAGACUGACUGGGCUUGGAAACUCUGGGAAAACAGUAGCAGAUGAAACCAAAGAACUGCGAUGUUUGCUGGCUGAAAAUGAACUGCGGAUUCGGACUAUUCAGUUAACAUGGGAAUAUCGUCUGGAAGAAGCUCGGAAGGAAUGGGAACAGCAGUAUGCUGCAAUUACUCAGGAGAGACGGAUGAUGGAGACAUUCCCAUAUCUCUUGAAUAUCAAUGAAGACCCUCAACUCUCCGGGGUUCUCAAGCACUUCAUUCAGGACGGUUCAUGUGAUGUUGGUCAGUCAGCCUCAAAUGCAAUAACCCUUAAAGGUUUAGGCAUUUUGGACAAGCAUGCUACAUUCACAAAUACUGAGGGCAAAGUUACCAUAACGCCGCGGCAAAAGUGCAAAGUUGUUGUCAAUGGUGUACCCAUCACUAUGAACACUAAACUGCAGCAUCUGGAUCGUGUUAUUUUGGGAUCAAACAGUGCUUACCUUUAUGUUGGAUUUCCUGCAGAACGCACCAAUGAGGAUCUGAUCAGAUAUGAUUACGAUUUCUUUCAGUCAGAGCUGGCGGCAGCAGAGGGCUUCAGUGUAGAUAAACUUGGAAUUGUCAAUAAUAAGGAUGGCAAACCAGAUCCUAGUGUUCUUGCAGUAUUCCAUGACUAUAUCAAGCUAAUGCCUUUGGUUGCAGAAGCAAAUCAGAUGAGUGAGGAGUUGAAAAAGGAGCUCAAGUUGGAAUUGAAAGUGAAAAAUCUAGCAUCAUCUGACUCCAGAGGUUAUGAUCUGCAAAAGGAAGUUAUAGUAAAAGUGACUAACAAAAUGACUAACCAGGUGUGGGUGUGGUCUAAGGCCAAGUUCAUCAACAGGAAAUUCCUAAUGGAGGAGGUUUACCAGCAUUUUUUAGAUGGAGAGGAUGCGUAUGUGGGCCAAGACCAUGACCCAUUCUGGGAUCCUGUUGAGGUCAUUCAUUUAGGAUCUGCUCACAUUUGGCUUCAGUCACUUGCUUACUGCAUGAAGCUGGAAGAACAAACAGAAGUUCUGAACUCUGAAGGAAUGGAGGAAGCUAUUCUACUUAUAAAUAUAGCUCCGUGUUCCAGUGAUGGAAGAGCCUUUGGAGAGGAUGAUAUGGUCAUUGACCCUUUGGAAUUGCUGGGAAGAAGAAUUGAUUUCCAGAUUCACAUCUUACAGUGCCUUGGAGUCAAAUGGCUUAGAGAAGUCACCGAACGGGGCAUUCAGAUAGGGUACAGAGUUUAUGAUCUUCCACACUCUCUAUACACAAAGCCUGUCUGGAAAAACAUGAAUGCUAAGAUUGAAGAGACAGUCCACUUCUCAGCCCUAAAUGCAUCCCACGAUUUUUUAAAUUAUUUACAAAAAAAUGCUUUAAUUGUUGACUUGUGGGGGCUUCAAGAGGGGUGCGCUGAAUUGGACUACUCCCUACAAGACAUGGUCACAAAUGAGGGCGCCAUUAUAGUUGAUAAUCCAAAAACUGUGAUUGCAAAGGAUAUUGGUCUGAGCACAACUAACCAGAUAUCUGAUCUUUACCUGAAGCUGCUGAAGUUGGAAGAGGAGACUGAGCUUCUCAGAGAUAUUAACAGAGCUUUAAGGGAAGAAAAUGUAUUUCUUAAAGAUAAACUGAAGAAAGGGGAGCCAGGACACCAUGAAAGUAAGAAAUUAAGGUCCCCUAAUAAAAGGGCAAUUAAGAUGACCAAACAGCCUCUCUCAUCAAAGGAAGCUGACCAGAUGUGCAACCAUCGGACCAGCUAUGAUGCUGAUUUUGCUAAAGCUCUUAAGGUCUUCUACCAAAACAUGAACAUAGUGAGAGGGCAAUUCCUGAAGCUGAAGCACAGCAACCCCCCCGUAUGUAUGAUUUUUAUGCAGUUUUCAAAAAUGAGAACCAGGACUCUUUUAUGACUUAAGAAUGAAGAUACAACUGAUCUUGUCCUUUGCUGCUGUUCCCUUCCUAUAUUUGUACUGGAACCAACUUCCUGUCCUCCAUGGGUUUUGUGUGGCUGUACUAUCAAUAUCAAAGUCCACAAAGUGUAGAUAUCUUAUAAUAUGCUGGGUAUUCUAACAGUGUAAAGACAUGCGCUGUUCAUGCUUCCAAUGCAAGGAGCUAAGCACUUACUUGUCUAAUGGAAAAUUAGUGUUUUAUCCCAGCCAGCAGUACGGAAGGAUGUCAAUACCUUAGGCUCACAAGUCUUAUUCUUGAGAAAAGAAGACGGGCGGGACCUGAUAAGUCUUCAAAUAUGUUAAGGGCUGUUAUAAAAAGAACUGUGAUCAGUUGUUGGUAGGACAAAAAGCAAUGGGCUUAUUCUGCAGCAAGGGAGAUUUAGGAAAAACUUUUAACUAUGAGGGUAGUUAAGCUCUGGAAUAGGAUUCCAAAGGAAUCCCCAUCAUUGAAGGUUUUUAAGAACAGGUUGGACAAAUGCCUGUCAGGGAUGGUCUAGGUUUUCUUGAUCCUGCCUCAGCACAAGGGCUGGACUUGAUGACCUCUCAAGGUCCCUUCCAAACCUACAUUUCUAUGAUGUUGUUCAUAAGAAAGGACAUGCACCAGUUUCUAGUUCCAGCUCCUAGAAAGAGGCCUGUGCAGAAAAAUCUCCAUGUUGUGGUUUUUCUGGCUUGUUUCACUAAAGCGUCAUUACAUCCCCCGAGUACCCUAAUUGUGGAAGAAAAAUAUUUCUACAUGGAAAAACUCCAAAAUGGGUCAGUCCCCUAUUAAAAGUCAGUCUCUUUGAUUGCGUGGCAUAACACUGCUGUUAGACUAUAGCUGAUAGCCUGGAGGCUACUUGAAAACGGGCUUUUUUGCAUCUUGUCUUUUAUGCUGUUUCUGUAAAUGGCAGCUGCUACCAACAGUGAUUGCCUGGUGCUUCUAGGCUUCCCUGACCUGCUCCUCCUAUCCCUCAAGGCCACAACUGCUGUUACUGCUCACUCGCCCAAGCUCCACUCAAGGGCCCACAACCCCCAGCUCCUUGCCAACCACAGGUUUGUAGCUGUCUGUCUUUGCCUACAGUAAUGCUUAGAUGCAGUGUGCAUUCCCUCAGGCUGCUACCAAUCUGCUCAGUUAACCUUGUUUGGUUGCUCCUUCUCAGUCCUUCAUAACUAGUUAUGUGUACAUCACAUCUUGCCCACAACUUCAAUAGCAACUAUAGGGUUCUCUGUAGGUAAAUGGGGGAGGGGAAUAUGAUUUCUGUGUUAUCACAAGGUUGAAGACAGAGAUAGGUAGAUCGCUACUUGCUCUGGCCUCUCAGGCUCUGUCUACACUGCAUAC